AUGAAUUACACAUUGUUUCCCUCUUUUUUCAACGAAUCAUUUCUCAACCACACAGACACCCACCCCCCCUAUGCCCCCAUCGAAGAGAACAAAUGCCGUGUACCAGUAACCAUGGUAUUUACGAUGGCUUUAGCUUAUGGCAUUGUCAUACUCCUAGGAGUUUCUGGAAAUCUGGCCUUGAUAGGAAUUAUCCUAAAGCAAAAGGAGCUGAGAAAUGUAACCAACAUUCUGAUUGUCAAUCUGUCCCUCUCUGACCUCCUGGUCUCAUUCGUAUGUCUGCCCUUUACUUUUGUCUAUACAUUAAUGGAUCACUGGAUCUUUGGUGAGGCCAUGUGCAAACUAAAUCCCUUCGUGCAAUGUGUCUCGAUCACUGUCUCCAUUUUCUCUCUGGUUCUCAUUGCCCUGGAGCGCCAUCAGCUGAUAGUCAACCCCCGGGGAUGGCGCCCAACCAAUGUCCAUGCAUUUUUGGCCAUUGCCCUGAUCUGGUUCUUCUCUGUGGCUGCCUCCCUGCCUUUUGUGAUUUAUCAGGUGCUGACUGAUGAGCCAUUCCACAAUGUCACCUUCCCAACCUUCAAGGACAAGUAUGUUUGCUUUGAUCUGUUCCCUUCUAAUGUGCACAGGCUCUCUUACACCACUAUUCUCUUGGUGCUGCAGUACUUUGGGCCUCUGGUGUUCAUUCUUGUCUGCUACCUCAAGAUCUACAUGCGACUGAAGAAGAGGAAUGACAUGAUGGAUAGGAUCAGAGAGAAUAAGCAUCGAGCCCAGGAAGCCCGCCGGAUCAACGUGAUGCUUUUCUCCAUUGUGGUGGCCUUUGCCAUCUGCUGGAUGCCUCUGACCAUCUUUAACACGGUGUUUGACUGGAACCACAAGCUGAUCUCCAUCUGCCACCACAACCUGCUGUUCCUCCUGUGCCACCUGACGGCGAUGAUCUCCACUUGCGUCAACCCUGUCUUCUAUGGGUUCCUUAACAAGAAUUUCCAGAAAGAUUUGCAGGCUCUCUUUCGCUAUUGUGAUUUCAGGUCCCGUAAUGAAGACUACGAGACCAUCGCCAUGUCCACGAUGAAUACGGAUGACUCCAAGACGUCUCGAAGGCAAGCCCAUGGUGAGGCCUCCCAGGAACCUGGGGAGGAUGAAGAAGUCUGA